GUAAAUCUAUUUUUACGUAUAAAGCAAUAAAUCACUUUCGAAUCAAUCGAGUCAGUUAAAAGCCCUAAGCUAAUUUUACGUACUACGUAUAUUUUAUUUCGUAUGUUGUGUGCACCAGUUUAUAGGACCAUCAUAUCUCUUGGGUGAUAUCUAGUUGUCUUCCAGAUCGUUUCAUAGCAACAUUUGAUCUUCAGAUUACAAUAUGAAUCGUCAUGAGAAUAUCGUGUGCAAGGGUUGCGGCAAAAUGGACUUCACAGGACGUUGCUAUCGCUGCCUCAGCUGCCAGGACUUUAAUAUGUGCGCCGAGUGCUAUGACCAUGAUUUUACCACCACUCAGCAUCUAUUCGAUCAUCCGGUAAAGUGUGUGUUGACGGCAGCCGAUGUGGAACUCUAUUUUGGUGGCGAAUAUCUAAACGAUCCGCCGCAGAGCUAUCGCUGUCCAUACUGCAAGCAAUGGGGCUACAAUGAGUCCACAUUUCUGGAGCAUGUCUCUGCCGAGCAUAUGAAUGCCAGCACACUGCUGGUGUCCACCAUGGUUACGCUCUUCGAGCAACAGCAGGCGGUGCGUCUCUUUCUGGAGGAUGAGCAGCUGGCGGUGUUUGCAUCGGCGGCCACAUCGCGCAACGAGCUAAUGAAUCGAAACGAGGGCUCACUGGAAUUGUAUCUGGAGCCAUUGAAUCCGAAUGGCAGCUAUCAGCGGGAUCACGUGAACGGAACCUAUGCCUUUAGAGUCGUAAAACCUGGCGCUGUUGAAGUGGCACCUUGGGUCGCCGACGGUGGCGUCGCCUUGUCGUCAUCGAAUGCCAACCACAAUGUGGACAAUAAUUUUCUAAUCCCGGAUCCGGUGCGUCGGCAAUCGUUGCUGGAGCGAACGCGCAGUCGCUUGAACUUGGAUCGGUCGCCGUUGACGCUGCAGCAGUUGCAGCAACAGCAUCAAGAGCAGGACCAACAGCAGCUGCAACAAAUGCAGCAGCAGCAGCAUGAACUGCACCAGCAACAACACCAGUUGAGAUCCGCGCAUCCAACGCUCUCGGAAAUGAUGCGAUUCAAUGAGCCUUUGCCCACCAGUCGACCGAAUCGCAAUGUGCCAAUGCAGUCACCCAAUCAGACGCCCAGCGGACGCAGUAUCAAUCUCUUUGGUGCCCACACAGCGGGCGAAACCAUGAGACGUAGCAUCUUUUCGCCAGUCGAUUUGACGCGUCCACGCAGCCAGCGCCAUCGCAAUCAGCGCAUGCAGAUGGAUGGAUUUGCCACCAGCGGCAGCGGUCUGCGUCAGGUGCAUGUGCAGCGUCUAAGAGGCGGACCCGGAGCGCCAACUGCAAAUCAACGCCUGGUCGAGUUCAGUGAACUGGCUCACAACACCGCUGAACUGAUGAUGGCCUCGGGUCCUAUGUUAUUGCGCACCAUCGAGGAGGAGGAACAACAACAGGUACAGCAGCCAAUAGUUGAGGUUAAAAAAGUGGAUCAAGAACGCGAACGUUUCCUUUGCUUUCCCUUUCUGUCGGACACAUCCAUAACUCUGUGCCCACCCGAAGAACGCGUCACAUUUCUGGCUAAGCGCGCCGAGUUUGUGGCCCAGCUGCUGGCAUCGGUUCUCUGCGAGGAGGAACUAUCCACAGGCAUUGCCACACCCAUCAAGGCGAUGACAGAAACAACUACGAUUACGACACACAAGUUACGCAUUCGUUUGGCCAGUGAAUUUGUUGGGGCUGGCGACUCUGAACUGGACCUAAAGCACACUACGUCAUGCUAACACACAGUACAGAGUAAAUACAACUAUUUGUACUCGCCACAGUUCUAGACAAUUUGAUACGUGAUUAUGCAGCACAGCAACAACCAAUCUCCUUUCGUUCCAUUUCUUACUAGGCACAAAUUUUGGAGUCUUCGGCCCUGUUGAAUGUUUUCGGAUCCAAUGGUUAAAGCCUUUUAGGGGCCAGCCAAAUAAAUUGCAAUUGUCCUAGGUA